CUCCUACCGUUCACAACUUUCCCUCUAAGCUCUGUUUUUUUUGGUCGCCGUACCCAUAAAAGCCGCUCACACUGUCUGGUAGAUUCCACGGCCAUGGCUUAGAACUUCAGAGAACCCCAAAUCGAAAAACCGCAUUUUGGUGUAAACGUGUUGGAGAACACUCUGUGAAUCCGAUUCUGUUGUUCUCCUAUAUGAGGUGAGGCAGACAAGUUUGAUGAUGGCAGACCUACCAGGUUAUAUGCGAUCGUGCUUGCAUACCGGAAAACUUGCUUUCUUGGCAAUUUUGGUCUCUGGAGGGGUUGUAUUGCAAAUUUUGGCAUGCGCUUUGUACGACAAUUGGUGGCCGAUGCUAACGGUAUUGAUGUAUGUGCUUCUUCCCAUGCCUUUGCUGUUUUUUGCGGGAUCUAAUAGUUCAUCUCUAUUUUCUGAAUCUGAAAACGGCUGGGUGAAUGCGACUAAGUUCUUGACUGGAGCUUCAACUGUUGGAAGCAUUGCCAUACCAGCCGUCUUAAAGCAUGCUGGUGUUAUUGGUUGGGGAGCCCUGGCCAUGGAGUUCUCAUCCUUUUUCAUAUUUGUAUUAGCCAUAAUUUGUUACAUUGGGAUGAAUAGUGAAGAUGAUUACAGUGUGCUUUGAGAAUAUGGCUCUCCAGGUGCCUUCCUCUAUUUGUGUAAAAAAGUAUCAGUCUCUGCUCCAUAUGCGAGGAUUUUUGUUUCAUGAUUUGUUGAGCUUUGCCUUAGUCGAUUUGGGGUGAUGUUUUUUUUUUC